UCAUCAUUUAAAUUACUUAACCUAAAAUUCUUGUACAAUUUGACAGGUGCAUUUAUUGACAAAUGCAUUUGACAGAUUUAACAAGUGGUUCUUAUACAGUGAUUUUUAGUAACUUUAAUAAUAAAUAUAAGAAUUCGUAAAAUAAUAGAUUUUUACUACAGUUUCCAUGGCAAUUUUUCAAAAUGAUCAAGUUUACACCAAGUCUUUUACUCCCCGAGAGUAUCAGGUGGAACUUCUUUACACAGGCAAGGUAAAAAAUAUAAUUGUUUGCUUAGGUAAAAGUUCAGAGCAAACUUUUAUUAUAAUAAAAUUGAUUCAAGAACUUUCCAAUAGUACUCGAAGAUUAUUUUCCGAAGGUGGAAAACGAUCAAUUUAUGUUUUAAGGGAUAAAGAAAAAUGUUUGAUAAAAGCAACUUACGUCCGCCAAUUAACAGACUUGAAAGUAAUCAUUUGUGAUUCUGGAGUAAAACCAGAUUUUAAAGAACAAUUUUCUAAUGUUCAGGUAAUAGUAACAACGCUCGAAACAUGCGCACAAUUAAUAGAAGAAAAGAAAAUAUUGCCAAAUGAAAUAAAUUUAGUUGUAGUUGAUCAGUGCCAUAAAACUGACGAAAGAAGCAAACUCGAUUUUAUAUUGCGAUACUUUUUAUCCAGCAACGAUGUGCCCCGAAUCAUCGGGCUUGCUGUGCCUUUAUUUAAUCUGACUACAGUUCCUGGCCGAAUUGGUCGUGAAAUAGAAAAAAUUGAAGCUCUUUUUCAAUGUGACAUUGAAACAGCAAGCGAUAUCAUAUCAAUACUUCGUUAUAGUCCGAAACCAAAGGAGUUAAUGAUAGAAUAUGACGAAGGCGUCAAGUGUGAUUUGUACGAGACUUUAGAAACAUAUGCCAAUGAAGCUUUAAAUUUUUUGAAGGAUCAUCGUUACGAUCCAACAGAAAUUUAUACCGACGAAUUCCUCGAAGACAUUCAAAAAAUUCCCGAUCCCACACAAAAACCCUGCGAAAUGAUAGGAGAUUUUUUAUAUAUUCUUAGAACACUUGGACCUUGGUGUGCAGAUCGUGCGGCACUUGCACUUAUCAUGUUGAGUGAGAAAUUGAAAGUUAAAACUCCUUACGAAAGGCAUUACCUUCUCUUUAAUAUGGUGGAAUCAUUAUUUAUAAAAAUGAGAGCACAUUGUGACUAUAUUUUUGAGUCGUUCAGUGAAAAGGAAAGAAUUUACAAAUUUUCAACACCAAAAGCACACCGGUUGCUGAAAGUUUUGAAAACUUACACACCCGUUCAAAAUAAAGAGACAAAGUCUGAAGAUAAAAAAAACGAUGAUGUAAAGGCUGCAGACGUGAAGAAAAAUGUAGCAAAUGAAACAAAUUCAAAUCAGAAAGAAGCGUAUCAGGGGAGAAAAUGUGGAAAUAAUUGGAGACCAAAUGAAGACGGUUAUAGAAAACCGAUUAAAUCGUCGAGAUUUAUGCGUGGAAUUACAGAUCCAGAUUUACUUUGUGGAAUUAUUUUUGUCAAUAAUGGAUUUACAGCGAAGAUUUUAUUUUACCUUUUAAAUGAAGUUAGUAAACACGAUGAGGAUUUACAAUUUUUAUCGCCACUUUACACGAGCGAAAAGUCAAACGAGGAUAUGAGUUAUUCACGUGAUGUAGCAAUGGAGCACAAAAAGCAGGAGGAGGUUUUAAAACGUUUUCGAAUUCACGAAUGUAAUUUACUCAUAGCAACUUCAAUUUUAGAAGAAGGAAUCGACAUUCCAAAAUGUAAUCUCGUCUUGAGAUACAAUUUUCCAAAGAAUUAUCAAUCGUACGUACAGUGCAAAAGUAGAGCGAGGGCUGUGGACGCCUUACAUAUUCUUCUAGUGUCACGAGAUGAAACAAAGGAAUCUGUGUGGCAACUCGCUCAAUAUCAUUAUAUUGAAAAGAUUUUAUUACUUAAGUGCUCAAAUAAGGAACCGACUGAAAAUGAAGAAUUUGAGGCUGAUAAAUACACUGACAUCAUUCCACAUUACAAACCCCUGGAAGAGGAUGAUUCGGCUAAAGUUUCUUUCAAUUCAGCCAUUUCUUUAGUAAAUCGAUAUUGUGCAAAAUUACCGAGUGACACUUUUACAAGACUCACUCCAGAGUGGAAUAUGGAAAUGGUUGAGAUUCAUGAGAAACCGAUGUAUAUUUGUUCCUUGCGUCUGCCAAUCAAUUCUCCAGUGAAAUACGUUGUUUCUUCCUAUCCAAUGCCGAAUAGAGCAAUGGCUCGAAGGAUGGCUGCUUUGCAAUUGUGUGUUGAACUGCAUAGAAAAAAUGAAAUCGACGACAAUCUUUUACCAAUUGGCAAGGAGAAUUUUAAAGCCAAGCCCGAAGAUGCUGAAGUUCCAGCAUUACCAGACGAAAGUAGAGCUGAUUUUUCAGAAGCUCGACCUGGAACGACAAAGCGUAGACAAUAUUAUUACAAAAAGACUGCUGAAGCUUUGACGGACUGUCGACCAGUGAUUAGUAAACCUGCUUUUUUGUAUCAUAUUAAUAUGGUUCUAAGUUGCCCUUUGCCCGAGGAGCAAAAUACGAGGGGACGAAAAAUUUAUCCACCUGAAGAUGCCGAUAUAGGAUUUGGUAUUCUGACCCUUAAGAAAAUUCCUAAACUGUGUCCUUUUCCAAUUUAUACACGAUCGGGGGAAGUGCACGUAACACUUACGCUUAGCAAGCAAACUGUGAUCUUAGAUGAAAAUCAAAUCGAUAGAAUGGCAACAUUUCUUAAUUACACAUUUACAAAUGUAUUAAGACUCCAAAAGUAUUUAAUGCUCUUUGAUCUGAAUGCUUCAGAGAAUUCUUAUAUCAUUGUCCCUGUAAAAAAGAUUUCAGGAACAAAUGAUCAGGAUAUUGUAGUUAAUUGGGAAUUUCUCGAUAGUAUUUAUCAAAAUCGAGAAAUGCUCCCUCGACAAAUGCCAGAGGAGGAAAGAAAAGACUUUAAAUUUGACGCGACUAAAUAUCAUGAUGCAGUGAUAAUGCCUUGGUAUAGAAAUAAAGACCAGCCACAGUAUUUUUAUGUCGCCGAGAUAUGUCCGAAUUUAAGUCCAAAAUCGUCGUUUCCUGGUGCCGAUUAUAAUACAUUCGAGGAAUAUUAUUUAAAAAAAUAUGAUAUUCAAAUACAAAAUUUGAAACAACCUUUGCUAGACGUGGAUCACACGUCUGCUAGACUUAAUUUUCUAACUCCCAGGUAUGUGAAUCGAAAAGGCGUUGCUCUACCAACAAGUAGUGAAGAGACGAAAAAGGCGAAACGAGAAAAUCUGGAACAGAAGCAAAUUCUCGUUCCUGAAUUGUGUGCAAUUCAUCCUUUCCCAGCAUCUCUCUGGCGACAAGCAGUCUGUUUACCUUGCAUUCUUUACAGAAUAAAUGCACUACUCUUAGCUAAUCAAAUACGAUGUCAAGUAGCACAAAUGAUUAAUUUAGGUCAAGAAAAUUUGAAGUCAGAUUUCAAAUGGGAACCAUUGGACUUUGGCUGGAGUCUCGCGGACGUCUUGAGCAAAUCCAAAGAACUGAAUAAAGCAAAUGAGUCAAAAAUAAAAAAUCAAUUGAAUUCCGUUUCGAAUAAUAUAAUACAAAAAAUCGAAAAACUUCCAAAAUUAGAAACAAAACCAAUAAAAAAAUUUAAGGAAAUUCCCCAAGAAGAGAAAGAUCCUUUCACUUGUAACGAAAACGAAUUGGAAAUUGGAACAUGGUCCAACGAUAUGGCAAUACUAUCGAUGGACUUUAAUUCAAAGGAAGCUUUUCCCCUCGACGUCACGGCUCUAGAGGAGAAUUUCAAUUGGAACGACGUUCGUUACGGUUCGCCGACUUAUGAAUCCGACGAUGCUUACGAUUCCGACGAGACUUAUAGCGACGGUUUUGGUGACUCGUCCGACGACAGUAACGACGAGGGAGGUAGAGGAUUAAAAAUUGCCUACAUGGGCGAAAACAUUGCCGAGGCCGUCGAAGACGAAAAACAAAUAUCAAAGCGAGAAAUUAAUAAAAAAAUAAUCCAACUUCUCGAGAGCGAGAAGAAUUCCAAUGAGAAUUCCUGGAUUUACGAGAGUGACUCCGAGGACAAUGAUGAGAAUCUAGAAAAACACAGAAACGCUCAUUUUGAAUUUGCAAAAGUACGAGAGGAGGAAAUUCUCAAAAAUGGUUCUUUUAUUUCGUUCGAUAGAGAAAUUUCCAUAACGCGAAAAAAUUGUCCCGAUGUCCGCGUCGAGGAAAAUACACCAACAAAAUGGAGUAACUACAUGGAAAAAAUUGCGAUAAGAUUCAAGGAACAUUUAUCAAUUGGAAAAUUCACCGGCAAUGGAGAAAGAAAGGAAUCUCCGAAAAUGGAACAUUUGAAAAUAAAUAAAAGUUUAUUUAGUUUUGAUUAUCAACCGGUAUUAGAUGGACAUUCAGGACCGAGUCCAAGUCUAAUUCUCCAAGCGCUGACAAUGUCGAAUGCAAACGAUGGAAUUAAUUUGGAGAGACUCGAGACGAUUGGCGAUUCUUUUCUGAAAUAUGCAAUAACAACGUAUUUAUAUUGUACAUAUGAUAAUAUUCAUGAGGGUAAAUUGAGUCAUUUGCGUUCGAAGCAAGUGAGUAAUUUAAAUCUCUAUCGACUGGGAAGGCAGAAAAUGUUGGGGGAGAGUAUGAUAGCGACGAAAUUUGAGCCGCAUGACAAUUGGUUGCCACCGUGUUACUAUGUGCCGAAGGAACUUGAACAGGCUUUAAUUGAAUCGGGUGUGCCGUCAACUUUGUGGAAUCAGGCCGAUAUGCCGACAUUGCAAGCCGUCAAUCCAAUGCAAAUAAAUCAACUUGUUCGCGAAACGGAGCAUAAAUUAGAAAUAAUGAAAAACGAAUUGGAUCGUAAUGAAAUUGAGCCAGCUAGCGAAUUGGAUAAUUUACGAUGUUUUAUUCCGUAUAAUUUAAUCACUCAACAUAGUAUUCCGGAUAAGAGUAUUGCCGAUUGUGUUGAGGCUCUGAUUGGUGCUUAUUUGAUUGCUUGUGGACCGAGAGGCGCUCUUUUAUUCAUGGCCUGGUUGGGAAUUCACGUUUUGCCCACUGAGAAAUUUUCUAUUGUUCAAGAUGUUGAGCCCGUGGAGAGACCGCCUGGUAGUACGCCGUACGUUCAAGAAACGAACAACAGUGGGAAAAUUGUCUGGAAACAGAUUCGUUAUGGUAAAUUGGAGGAGCCACAGAAUCCGCUAUUAAAAUAUGUGCCCAAUCCUGAACAAGAACUGGAACAAAUGCUCGAUGGAUAUGAUUUUCUGGAGGAAAAAAUUGGCUAUAAAUUCUAUGAUAGAAGUUAUUUGUUACAAGCCUUCACACACGCUUCUUAUCAACCGAAUAGAUUAACAGAUUGCUAUCAGCGAUUAGAAUUUCUUGGCGAUGCUGUUUUAGAUUAUCUAAUCACGAGACAUUUGUACGAAGACUCGAGACAACAUUCUCCAGGAGCGUUGACCGAUUUAAGAUCCGCUCUUGUGAAUAACACAAUUUUUGCUUCCUUAGCCGUUAGAUGUGGUUUCCAAAAAUAUUUUCGACAUUUAUCUCCAGGACUGAGUGUCGUAAUUGACAGAUUUGUUAGAAUUCAAGAGGAAAAUGGACAUUCCAUUAGCGAAGAGUAUUAUUUAAUUGGAGAAGAAGAAUGUGAAGAAGCAGAAGACGUCGAAGUACCAAAGGCUCUGGGAGAUGUUUUCGAAUCUUUAGCAGGAGCAAUUUAUCUAGAUAGUGGAAUGUCCCUGGACGCUGUUUGGGGAGUUUAUUACAAAAUAAUGAAAUCUGAAAUUGAGCAAUUCAGUACAAAUGUUCCUAAAUCACCGAUUCGAGAACUUUUAGAAUUGGAACCAGAAACAGCGAAAUUCGGAAAGCCGGAAAAAUUGGCAGACGGCAGACGAGUUCGUGUGAUUGUUGACGUAUUCGGUAAAGGUUCAUUUAAAGGAAUUGGACGAAAUUAUCGAAUUGCAAAAUGUACAGCGGCAAAGUGCGCAUUAAAAAAAUUGAAGAGAAUGCAAAGUUGCCAGAAGGAGAAACUAUGAUACAUUUUGUAAAUAUUGCUAUAAAUAAUUUAAAUGAACAUAAGAAAUUUUAAUUUAUGCAAAUAGAGAAUGCAUAAUCUAAGACUCAUAGGAAAUUAUAAUAUGUUAAUUAAGAGGGUACUUUUGCGACUCUACUUUCAGAAAAAUAUUUUUUUUUUUAAAUUAUUCUCGAACAAGAAUGAAAUCAGAGUAAUAAAUUUUUUUAUUCGUGAUUUUUUAUUGUAGAUCGAAUAGUGCUUUUGCUUUCGGUCUUUUAAACAAAAAAUGUAAAGAUAAAUCGUGAGAUUUAUUUCUUUUUUAUGAAUAGUGUCAUAUUACUUUUCUAAUUCUAUUUGCGUGUGAGAAUUUUUUAAUAUUUAAUUAUUGUAUACAUACAAAGACUGUUAAAGCGUGCAAUUAUAGUCCUUUGAUGAUAA